GUGGCAGCGAGAGGCGGCGGGGCUGUGUCCCCGCCCCGCGGCGUUCUCUCCGCACACGCCUGCCGUGUGCUGCCGCUGCCAUUGGGAGCCGAAUCGCACAGAGUCCAGCCCAGGCAGUCGCCGGUCCUGCUCCGCCGCCAUCGCCAUGAGCUUCUUGUUUGGUAGUCGCUCUUCCAAAACCUUCAAACCAAAGAAGAAUAUUCCAGAGGGCUCUCACCAGUACGAGCUGCUAAAGCAUGCGGAAGCUACGUUGGGAAGUGGUAAUCUCCGGAUGGCCGUUAUGCUUCCAGAGGGUGAAGACUUAAAUGAAUGGGUUGCAGUGAACACUGUUGACUUCUUCAACCAGAUCAAUAUGCUGUACGGAACCAUUACAGACUUCUGCACGGAGGAGAGCUGCCCAGUGAUGUCUGCUGGCCCAAAGUAAGGUCUUCUUUCAUGUGUUAUUGAGAAAAUGCAAAUUUUUAGACGA